AUGGACGCUCGAGCCCCUACACAACCCAGCGUCAAUUCGUCCUAUGUCCCCGUUGCCUUUGACAAUUCUUCAUCAGAGGAUGAGGACAGUGGUGAUCAAACUCCUUCAGCAGCAUCCUUGGCCAUACGCUACACUCCCGAUGACCGCUACUGUUUGGUCUACAUCAUCUUCUUCCUCAUGGGCAUCGGCUCUCUGCUGCCUUGGAAUUUCUUCAUCACGGCCAAAAGCUACUGGCUUUAUAAAAUGGGCAACGGCACAGUGGAGCAACGGUCUGACCUCAGCGACUACUUUGAAAGUUACCUGACAUUUGCUUCUACGGUGCCUUCAGUACUAUGUUUGAUUCUCAACUAUGUCCUCGUGAACAGGCUGUCUUCAAAUGUGCGAAUCCUGUCGUCUCUCAUCGUUAUCCUUCUGGUGUUUGUGGGGACCACUGUGCUGGUCAAGGUGGAUUUGUCUGACUACAGGGUGGAAUUCUUCACGGGCACACUGGUUAGCGUGGCUAUUGUCAGUGGGGCUUCUAACAUCUUCUGUGGCAGUGUAUUUGGUAUCAGUGGACACUUCCCCAUGAGGAUCUCGCAGGCCCUCAUAUCAGGUCAGGCUAUGGGAGGCACAUUAAGUGCUAUCGCGUCAAUAGCAGACAUCGCUCUGGCAGAGGACGUGACAGACAGCGCCCUGGCCUAUUUCCUGACUGCCGACAUCUUCAUUCUGCUCUGCAUCGUUGCAUACCUGUUGCUCCCCAAACUGGCCUUUUCAAGAUACCACAUGAUGGCUGCCACAUUCACCAUUACAGCAGAGAGGAGUGCAGAAGAAUUAGCAGCACCUCCCAAAACGCCUCCAUUGAGGCCCAUUCUCAAGAAGAUCUGGGUUCUUGGCCUGAGUGUCUUCUGCGUAUUUUGCGUGACCAUCAUGGUGUUCCCCGCGGUGGUGUCCGGCAUCCAGUCCGUCAACAGGAACAGUGGGAGCCCAUGGACCAACACCUAUUUUGUGCCCCUCGUCGGCUUCCUCCUUUUUAACGUUGCAGAUUUCUGUGCCAGGCAGUCCACCGCCUGGCUGCGGGUGCCGGGCCCCACCAGCCGACUUCUUCCCAUGCUGGUUGUGUGUCGGUCCUCCUUGGUGCCGCUCAUCAUCUUCUGUAACUAUCAGCCUAGGGAUCACCUCCACACCGUGCUUUUCACCCACGACGUGUAUCCCGUCGUCUUCAACUGCCUGUUAGGCUUCUCCAACGGCUACUUGGGAACUCUUCCCAUGAUCUACGGGCCCAAAGUUGUGCCACGGGAGCUGGCGGAGGCCACCGGAGUGGUUAUGUCUUUCUUCCUUACUCUGGGGCUUGCCGCCGGAUCCACAUUAUCCCUCGCUAUUGUACACUCUAUCUGA